CAUCUUGAUCGUCAUCAUUUCAACUAAAAGAAAAAAAAAUUUUUUCUUUUGGACGGCGCUAUCUGUUGAGCCCAGCCUAGGUUUUGUGAAAUGGUCCUACGUGCGCUUCCAACGCCGUACCGGAUUGGCACCGACAUCUGUCGCAUUCCGCGAAUACGCCGGAUACUGAGCGCGGGAAGCCGUGGCCAUGCUUCGUCGCGCGAGGAGAGUUCGCACUUCCGUGGCCUGCCAUCCUUGGACGAUAGGACCAACAAGUAUCUUGAAGAAAUGAGCGGACAUCUCAAUCCGUACUUCCUGGCCAGACUGUUCCGUCCAGGAGAAAUUGCCGCGCUGGCGCAGAAGUACGGACGCGUCGCAAACACGAUGAGCCACGACUCCUUGUAUGAACACAUCGCUGGCCGGUGGGCCGCGAAAGAAGCCAUCAUCAAAGCGGCUUCGCAGUCGUACGUCAACGAGGACGGGUCUUACAGGAAGCCGACAUUUCAAGACAUCUUCAUCUGGUCGUCGAAAGGUCGAGUCAAAGCUGCCAUCCUCCGCGAACGGGUGCGAGGCGGCAGCGUGCAAGUCGAUGCUUCUGGCCCAGGCUCAAGUUCGGCGGACGCGAAGAAGGACGAGGAGAGCAUUCAGGCUAUCCAGGAGAAAACUUCAGGGGCGCACGGCGACGAAUUAUUUUCUGAUGAAGACGUAUCCCAACUUGAUGGUGAUAUGGUGGAAAUCAGCAUCAGUCACGACAAGGACUACGCGAUAGCCACGGCGCUCUUUUGCGACCCCAUCCCAAAAUAGGAAUCCGAUCAAAAAGCCAGCCAGGUUCAAAAGGCGUUGCUCUACGAUAUCUAGGGGCCUAAGUAUACAUUUAUCUAAAUCAAGAAGGCUGCUGCCCCCAGAACACAUGCAAACAAGGCCUUGGCCAUGCCUUCCACAACGAACCCAGAACCUGCCGACGUGGUGGUUAUCGCUGCGGUGCUCGACGAAGCAGACGAUGCGACGGCAGUCCCGGACGCAUUGCUCGCCGACGUGGUCGAAUUUCCCGCAGCUCUGGCCGUGCUGACCGUGUCGGUGGUCGAGUUGGCACCGUCGAUUUUGAUGCUGGUGUAGCUGCCGGACUCGUCGCCGUACGUGUACGAGCUCGCCGGGUUUUGGUUCACAAUCACCACCUUUUCGAGCGUCAUUGUGAACGGGCCCUGGCUGAAGUUCGUCGCUCCUCCAGCCCAUUCCACCGUGCCCUCGGAGUUCAAGGACGUGUCACCGCCGGCCCAAAUGCCAACCUUGACCCGCAUCGGCGUCUGAGGGUAGUUGGUUCCAUCGACGGCGUCGGCGUAGUUCAACGUCCGGGUCAGCGUGCCGUCGACGUACCAUUCUGUUUUGUCGCUUUGCCAGUUGACGGUGUAGUUGUGUGCGGUUGUCUGACAAUCUGCGGCCGCGACCCAGAGCUCGCGAUUAUAGGUGGUCGUGUUUCCUUUGCCAAAGUAAUUGGUCUGGACCUUGCUGUCGUCACCACCAAUCCACUCCCAGUCUAUCUCGUCCAGGUCAUCGCUCUCCAGAACCACGGACGACACGAUGCCAGUGCCGGGAGCGGACUUGAGGAAGACGCUGAUCACGCCGAAGAAGACGUAGAAUUCCGUCUCGAUUGUCGGUGCAUCCCCGGACUCCUUGAUGGUGAAUGUGGUUCCACCGCUUCCGUAGUCUAUGAGAGACGAGCCGGCGGUGAUGUUCCAUUUUGCUGGGAGGGAAGAUGAUGUGAAGUCACUCGUCAGACUCGACGAGGACAGGCCCUCGUCUGCUGGACAUGAUGCUGGCAUACGUAUCAGUAACUGCGUUGGCAAAGCACGAAGUACGGGUACACACUGCUUUUGAGAGGAUUACAGGACGUGUACGUCUGUGCAGCAACGAGCGGGACUAGAGAGAUUGUCGAGAUGAGCGAGCGAAUGCGAUGCAUGUUUGAGAUCAAACGAUUGCGAAUUGGCGUCCUAUGCGAUCCUUUUCUCGACCUCCAGAUAUAACAGAGUGAAACAAAAAAAAAA